AUGGCCAGCGAUGCACGAAAAGUGCGCAAAGUGACACGCGCUUGCGAUGCAUGCAAAGCGAAGAAGAAGGCGUGUACAGGCACGCUCCCUUGUGGCCCAUGCGCGCAGCGGCGGCUGUCUUGCACCUAUAAUGCCGCUUACAACAGAGGCGUCGCCGUGAGCCCACUUUCCUCCGGCCAUCAAAGAGAGAGACCAAGUUCGGCAAGCUCCAAUGCAGAUAUCAACCAAACCCAGACCAUUGGCAAAUCUCGAUAUCAGCAGUCCCCUUCGGAGAGUUGGGAUCAACCACCAAGCGCUCACAUAUCUCCAGCCCCUGCCUUUGCGCACACUGCACCAGGGACCCCUGCCGACCCGCCAAAUGAACCAGAACCGUCAAACAUCCCUCCUCAAUAUUGGGGGCCAACCUCGGCGCAUUCGUUUCUUGGCCGCGUGGUUCGAGACCUGCCCUCAACACCAUCAAAGACAUUGGCCCAGCAACGGGAUCAAGGCACGUCAUCCAGUGUCUCGAUCUUCUCUUUUGGGGACCGGAUCAUUCCCAAUGGCUUAGCCGAAUUUGGAUGGCCUGGUCGGAGAACCGCGGACAUCUUGGUCCGACGAUAUUUUGACUUCGCAUCACCAACCUAUCGAGUUCUUCACCAGCCAACAGUCGAACUACUUGUUCAUGACCUAUUCCGAGGCGGUAAUGUCGCAAGAAAAACCUCGCUCGCCGCUGCAUCUCGGGCGACUCUGCUCCUGAUAUUCAGCAUUGCAACAAUGUUUCAGCCAGACUCGGAAGGGCAUAUCACAGAUGCUGACACGUCUGGCUGGCAAACAAGCGAGACGUAUUACACGCAGGCGGAUUUUCUUCUGUCACAUGAAACGGGUGCACCAAGUCUGGCCUCGGUGCAGGCGCGCUUUCUGAUGGUGCUCUAUCUUCUAAGCUCGUCGCGAGCUCACAAAGCGUGGUUUACAUUUGGUACGACAGUUCAGCUGAUGAUGGCCUUGGGCUAUCAUAGUAAGCGGCCACGGCUGGGAACUGAUGAGGAGGAUUUGAUACAGAAGGAAUGUCAACGCCGCGUCCUCUGGUGCUCAUAUACAUUGGACAAAUACCUCAGUGUUAUUCUGGGCCGGCCCCGGCUUUGGCAAGAUGAAGACCUGGACGAAGAUCUCCCUGCUCGAAUCAAUGAUCAAGACCUAGGCCGGCACAAAAAAAGAAUAUCUAAGCGGGAUUGUCUGAUGGAUGCCCCUGUGUUUCAUACCGUCCUGGCUCGCAUCCUUACGCAGGCCGCUAAAGAACCGUAUGUGGUCACAGGUGUCUCUACUAAAGCACAAAUUGAUAUUAUUCGACUCUUUUGUGGGAGAGUCGCCGAGUGGCAGGCCGAGUUACCGGCGUUUCUAUCAGGCAUUAUUCAGCCAGAUAGCUUAGUCCCUGGAUUGAGACGCCAACUCACAGUUUUGCAGCUAGCGCGGUACCACGCAUUGAUAUUCAUUACUCGGCCUCUGCUACUCCGGAACUAUGGUCAGACCUGGCCUGAAUGCGAAGCAAGUUGCCAAUACUACCUCAGCUUGUGCUUGACGGCGGCACGAGACGCAAUUGAGUUGAUUCUCGCUUUUGUCCAGGAGAAGCAACUUUUCCAGUCUUUCUGGUAUUCUCAAUACAUCGCCUUCAACGCAUUGUCGAUAAUCUACCUUUACCUGAUCCAAGUCCAACGAGGUCGCAUUUCGCCAGUCAAUCUCCGCUUUGUCUCAAGCCAGGAUGUCCCUUUUGACUCCCCAUUGGACGAAUCCACGCUCUAUAGAUUAUCAGAGACCGCACAAGCCCACCUUGCCGAUGCCACUGUUCGUAAUGCGCCACCGUGGAGAUAUAGCAUUAUACUACAGGGUCUGCGCCGAGAAUUGACAAAGUCAUACCCGUCCGCCCCGAGUCACUAUGACAUCUACCCUGACAAUCACAGCAGCCAACAUGGCACUAAUAUUGACCUUGAUACUUCUCCUUCUACUGCACAUCAACGUGAUAUGAUUGCUUUUGCGCAAGCUGAGCAGAAUGGAUCAGCUAUGCAAGAAAUAUUAUCAAGGCAGGAGGACGACGGAGCAGGCGGCGUACCUGGUCUUGACAAUAAUGCUCAGCUUUUUCUACUUGAUCCGCAAACCGAAAUCUUAUUGGACAAUCUUGCGACCGAUGAGGACUUGGUUCUUGAUUUCUGGCCACAGUUUGACAGCCUGCCUAUCUUUAGCACAGUUGCACGGACACCUGGCAAUUGGGUCCCAGAGGCCCUUCCCGAAUCACUCAGUUAUGCGCAAAAAAUGGGAUAUGCGCAGUCCAAGCUGGUAACGGAGCAUAUCAUUAAUCGAGCUGCGCAUCAGACAGGAAUGACUGCACAUGUACUACGAGUGGGGCAGGUUAUUUCAGAUACCGUUCAUGGCAUCUGGAAUGCCACCGAAGCCAUUCCUAUGUUACUGCAGACAGCAGAGACAAUCCACGCACUGCCCCAGCUAGAAGAUAUCGUAUCAUGGACACCGGUAGAUAUCAUUGCCAACAGCGUUAUUGAUCUCACCCUGGCUCCAAAUGCAGGAGAGGUGGUCAAUGUCACAAACCCAACACUUGGUCACUGGACUCGAGACUUGCUACCACUUUUAAGGCAGUCGGGAUUGGAGUUUGAAGAGUUGAAACCGCGCGAGUGGUUGAACCGUCUUCGCAAUUCGAACCCCGACCCCAAAGAAAACCCACCUAUCAAGCUUGUCGAGUUCUUUGCCAGCAAGUAUGACCAGGACCGUCCUAGUCGAGUUCUUCUCUACAGUACCCAGCAGGUGCAAGCCGCGGCACCUGCACUGCGCCAGGCAGGGGGUCUGACAGCCGAAUUAGUGGCACGCUUCAUCAAGUACUUCCGCACUCAAUGCUGGACAGACACCAGUGUUUCAAGCCUCUCAGCACGGUACCGGAAAGUGAUCUUUUUGACUGGCCCUUGUGGAUGUGGCAAGAGCACAGCCGCCCAAGCUCUAGCACAGCGAUUUGAUAUCCCUAUCAUCGAGGGCGACAACUUGCACUCGCAUCUAUCACGGCAGAAGAUGGCCAAUAACAUCCCUUUAGAGGAUAGUGAUCGUUGGGAUUGGUUUGUUCAUAUCCGUGGUGCGCUGAUGGACAGAUUGCAAAACGGAACUGCUCCUCCCAUUGCCGUCACCUGUUCCGCGUUGCGAACAGUAUACAGCGACGAGCUGCGGAAGCUACCUCGGCUCCUCGAUUUUCCCGUCACAAUCACAUUUCUUGCCCUCUCUAUCAGUGAUGAAGUUCAGUUGAAAGAGCGCCUCAACGCCCGUUCCGCAGCGGAGAAUCAUUAUAUGCACUCGACAAUGGUUGAAUCACAGCUUGCUGUCCAAGAACCUCCCACCCGCCUGGAGAGUGACGUUAUAGAGUUGGAUUCAUGCCAGUCAAAAGAUCGAAUGAUUAAAGCUGUCGAGGAGACUGUGCAGCAAAUACUGGGGCUCCAAUUUUAA